AUGUCAAAUAUAUGCGAACACGUUAGUCAAUUGCUCAAUCACCUGUCAGAGUCAGAAAAGGUGUUCCUAUUUGGUGCCAAUCACAAUAAUGCACAGUUCGAGAUAGCGCACUUAAAACGGUCAAAACGCCACAAAAGAUCUCUACAAGAUACUCAGGACUUAGUGACGUUAAAAAAUCAUUUAAAUGUUAAUUUAACUCCGAGAAACAGUUUCUUAGAUCCACAAUUUCUAUUAUUGAAAAGAUGGUCGAAUGGGACAGAAGUUAUGUUUGACAAACAUAAUGAUGAAGAACUAGAUAUGUGCUAUUAUAGAAGUGCUAGCGCCGCUUUAUAUGCGUGUGAUGACGUGAGAGGAAUGAUUAAAUCUAACGAUAGCUACUAUUUCGUUCAUCCACUACCAGAACGAUUUCAUAGCGAACAUGUGAAACCACAUGUCAUUGUAAAAAGAUCUAAUAUCAAUAAUAAUAAUGAAGAAGAUAUGUGUAUAGAAAGAGAAAAAGAUUUCACCUCAAAUCCUCAACCAAGUAAAACUUGGUGGAAGCAUAGGAGAAAACGAGAUGUAGCACCAAAUAUUGUUGAAGACAGCUUAGACGAAUUCAAAUUAAAUCUAGCCCAUAGAAAUAAAACUAUAGGCGAUUUUGUCGGGAAACUAAACGUUGAGGAACGCCAAAAACGAGCUGUACUACCUGCAAUAUUCGUAGAAACCGCUGUUUUUGUGGAUCGUGAUUUAUACAAACAUAUGACGAUAAAUUUUCCAAAAGAAACAGAGAGAGAGUUAGUAAGAUUUGUCUUAGCUAUGAUCAAUGCUGUGCAAUUAAUUUACCAUGACUCGAGUUUGGGUAGACCAGUCAAUUUCAUAUUAAAAAGACUGGAAAUUCUUCAUGAAGAUCCGGCUAAUUUAAAAAGACCCCAUGAUAUUGAUAGGUUUUUAAGCAAUUUCUGUACAUGGCAAAGGCUAGAGAACCCGCCGGGAGACAAUGACCCGUUGCACUGGGAUCAUGCUUUAAUUCUAACUGGGCUAGAUUUGUACGUGGUUAAUAAAAAUGGAAAAGUUAGCAGUCAAGUUGUUGGCCUAGCCCCCGUCGCCGGCAUGUGUACAGUAACAAGCAGCUGCACUGUCAAUGAAGGCAGACAUUUUGAAAGCGUUUAUGUUGUAGCACACGAAAUUGGCCACAACACAGUACAGUCAAGAUGUCUACUUGACCACGGCAACUCGGCGGGUCAGCUCGACCACAGCGCUGAGGGCAUAUUGCCCGGGGAACGAUUCGAUGCAGACCAACAAUGUAUGCUCAAGUACGGUCGAGGAAGCAGACAGUCCGGCGCACAAAACCUAGAAGACAUUUGUCGAGACUUGCACUGCCAAAGAGAAAGAUACACUUGGACUUCUCACCCGGCUUUGGAAGGGACUAAAUGUGGAGAUGAUAUGUACUGCCGCGGAGGGUCGUGCGUGGAGCGCGAGCAGGCGCGCGCGCGCGGCUGGGGCCGCUGGGCGCGCUGGUCGCCGUGCGCGUCCGCCUGCCUGCUGGACGCGGGCGGUGCCCCCGCCGCCGCCGGCGUCGCCACCGCCAGCAGGCGCUGCGGGAAGCCCCGACAUGAAAACGGUAAAAGCUACUGUCAUGGACACGACAAAAAAUAUCAAUCCUGUCAAGCGCCUCAGUGCCAAAACGUACCGGGAAUGACGAUCCGUGACUUUGCCGACGAGAUCUGUCUGCGCGCGCGCGACGUAGACCCCGACCUCAUCGGCACCGGCUUGCAGAGGAUGGAUGCUGAUGACGCGAGCAGCAAGUGCGCGGUGUGGUGCGACACGCGCGGCGGCGGGUACAAGUCGCGCGGCUGGAGCUUCCCCGACGGCACCGCCUGCGCGCGCCGCGCGCCCGCCUUCUGCGUCGCCGGCGUCUGCCGGAAAUUCACUUGCACAGAUAACCCAGAUGAAGAGUUCACGCUCUCUCCAGAAGACUGCGAGUGGGAAGCGUUACAAGUCAAAACUGCCGCCUCACACACAACCACCGUGAAGGCGGGCAGCAAGCGGCGCGAGGUGGCGGAGGCGACGGCGUGGCGCGCGCUCAGCGGCUGCCACUACCGCUGCGUGGCGCGCGCCGCCGGCCUGCGCCUCGUGGCCGCCGCCGCCGCCGCCCCCGCGCGCCGCUCCGUGCAGAUAUGCACGCCGGACGACUCGGCGUGUCAACAAGUGGUAUCCCCCUACCAGUACGCGACGAUGGUCUGCUCUAAGUACAAGGAGAGAGUGCGGCGCCUCUCCGGCCUCGGCAUGCAGAUAUCGCCGGCUUUGGAGGACCCGGACCGCGCAUGCCGCGUGGCGUGCCAGGACGAGCGCGCGGCGCACCGCUUCUACCUGGUGAACGGGCGCGACGGCUGGUUCCCGCUCGGCACCGCCUGCGCCAGGGACAACUCCUCCUACUGCGUCAGUGGCAAGUGCUUGGAGUGGGACGUUAAAAAGGGCUGGGCUUUCAAAACACAACUUGACUUCCAGCAAUUCGGUGCAGACAACACGCCGCUCACGCAGAUGGUGUUCACGCUGCCGCUGCUGCCGCGCCGCCCGCGCCGCCGCCGCAGCGUGCUGCGCCCGCGCCUCACCGUCACCGCCGUGCUCGACCACCUACAUCUAGAGGAGCUCGUGGCGAGGCUCAAUCUUACAGAUACAAAAAUCACAUAUUUUCAAUCAAUACCAGAGAACAUAGAAGUGGACUUCACCAACCCCAUACACAUCUCACCAGAGGACACGUUCUUACGGAAAGUGCCGCGACCGACGUGGGAU